GGGGAAUAAAUCAGAAAAGGAAGCGGAGAGAGGGAGAGUGUGAGAUCUGUUACUAAAGUAACACUGAUGGCGGCUGAUCAGAUCUGGCUGCCAGAGUAACAAGCACUGGGUCCUUGGCUCUGUAUGUACUCUACAGGCUUCUGUUUGUUAUUUUCCAUUAUUCCUGCUCUGGAUAGGGAUCUGCCCGUUAGAUGGUGAAGAUGGCUGCUUCCUGGUUGCUAAUCUUUAGUCUCACACUUUUCCAGUCCUUGCUGAUAUGCCCUUCAUCUGAGGAAUACUUUCCCUCCGCAUCAACGAUAAAACAGUGGGUAGAAAAAAUGCAAAAUGACCUUGUCACAUUGGCAAGAACAGCAAGUGGUGUGGACCAGCUUUCAGAAAUUUAUUUGAAAAACCGACAUUUGUAUACAGUUGAAGCCAAUAAUGCACGGCAGCUUGUGCAAAGUGCAGCGACAAACAUUGAAAAACUACUGAGGAACCGCUCCAAAGCUCUUGUGCACCUUGCAAAGAAAGCAGAGGAGAUUCAAGAAUCACAUCAGUGGCGUGAUCAGUUUGGGACUAAUAGCAUUGUUUACUACAAUGCGAAGGAUGAUCAGAUGGAUCCAGAGAAGAAUGACAGUGACAGUGCAAGUCAAAAAAUAAAGCCAGUCCUUCAAGAUGACCCUGUGUUUCGGCGACAGACAUCUUACCAGCAUUCCGCUGUUCAUAUUCCCACGGAUAUUUAUGAGGGCUCUACGAUAGUACUUAAUGAGUUAAACUGGACUGCGGCACUCGAUGAAGUAUUUAAAAAGAAUCGAGAAGAAGAUGAAACUCUUUUGUGGCAAGUGUUUGGAAGUGCAACUGGAUUGGCCAGAUAUUAUCCAGCAUCACCUUGGGUUGAUAAAAGUAGAACUGCAAACAAAAUCGAUCUGUAUGAUGUGCGCAGACGGCCAUGGUACAUCCAAGGUGCUGCAUCUCCAAAAGAUAUGCUUAUUCUGGUUGAUGUGAGCGGAAGUGUUAGUGGGCUUACUCUGAAGUUGAUAAGAACAUCUGUGUCUGAGAUGCUGGAAACUCUGUCAGAUGAUGAUUUUGUUAAUGUAGCUGCUUUUAACAACAAUGCGCAUGAUGUCAGCUGCUUUAACCACCUUGUCCAAGCAAAUGUCCGAAAUAAAAAAAAGCUAAAAGAGGCAGUUAAUAACAUCACAGCCAAGGGGACAACAGACUAUAAAACUGGCUUCAAAUUUGCAUUUGACCAGUUACUCAAUCACAAUGUAUCACGUGCGAACUGUAAUAAGAUAAUCAUGCUGUUCACUGAUGGAGGGGAGGAUAAGGCAAAAGAAACAUUUGAAGCCUACAAUAAGGAUAAAACUGUUCGUGUUUUCACCUUUUCUGUUGGGCAACAUAAUUAUGACAAGGGACCUAUUCAGUGGAUGGCUUGCCAAAAUAAAGGAUUCUACUAUGAGAUUCCAUCUAUUGGAGCAAUAAGAAUCAACACGCAAGAGUAUUUAGAUGUCCUUGGAAGGCCAAUGGUUCUGGCUGGAGAUAAAGCAAAACAAGUUCAAUGGACAAAUGUUUACUUAGAUGCAUUGGAGCUUGGUCUUGUGAUCACUGGAACACUUCCUGUUUUCAAUUUAACAGUAGACCACAAUGGAAAGAAAAACCAGUUAAUCCUUGGAGUUAUGGGAGUUGACGUUUCAUUAGAAGACAUUAAAAGGCUCACUCCUCGUUUUACACUAUGCCCCAAUGGCUAUUAUUUUGCACUUGAUCCUAACGGCUAUGUACUGCUUCAUCCAAACCUUCAACCAAAGGACCUAAAAUCUCAGGAACCAGUAACAUUGGAUUUUUUGGAUGCAGAACUUGAAAAUGAUCAUAAAGUAGAGAUUCGCACUAAAAUGAUAGACCUUGAAAGUGGAGAGAACACGUUCCAAACAUUAGUCAAAUCUCAAGAUGAGAGAUACAUUGACAGAGGGAACAGAACAUACACUUGGGGUCCAGUCACUGGAACAGACUACAGUCUAGGGUUAGUACUACCAUCCUAUGGAUUUUACUAUAUAAAAGCUGCAUUUGAAGAAAGCAUGACACAAGCAAAAUCCAAAAGGUUCAAAAUACAGGAUUCUGAAACUUUGAAGCUUGAGCACUUUGAAGAAACUGGAUACACUUUCUUAGCACCAAGGGAAUACUGUACUGAUCUAAAAAUUUCCACCAAUAACACAGAGUUCCUCUUAAAUUUUAAUUCAUUCAUAGAUCGGAAAACACCAAAUAGUCCAUCAUGUAAUACAGAUAUGGUGAACAGGGUUCUGUUGGAUGCAGGAUUUACCUUUGAACUUGCUCAGCUUCACUGGAAAGGACAAUCACCUAAAGGUAUUCUUGCAAGAUUUGUUGCCACCGAUGGUGGGAUUACAAGAGUGUACCCCAGUUUUGCUGGGGAAGACUGGCCUGAAGAUCCUGAAACAUAUGAGGGUAGCUUCUAUAAACGUAGUUUGGAUAAUGACAACUAUGUCUUUACAGCUCCGUAUUUUAACAAAACUCGAGGCUCCAGGGCUGAUUCUGGUAUUAUGGUGAGCAAGGCUAUUGAAAUAACCAUUGAUGGUAAAUUGCUUAAGCCUGCUGUUGUUGGAAUAAAAAUAGAUGUUAACAGCUGGAUGGAAAAUUUUACAAGGGACACUACAAAAAACCCGCAACUGGAUUGUGUUAUUCUGGAUGAUGGUGGAUUUCUUUUGAUGUCUAAUCAAGAGGAUCAUAUUACACAGAUUGGCAGAUUCUUUGGAGAGAUUGACCCUAGCCUGAUGAGACAGCUUGUUAACAUUUCUGUGUAUGCUUUCAAUAAAUCUUAUGACUACCAGUCUGUGUGUGAUCAAGGGGAUGAGCCAGUUAAAACAGCUGCUACUCGCUCAGUGUUUGUGCCCACCAUAGCAGAUAUCUUAAACCUUGGAUGGUGGGCUUCUGCUGCUGCCUGGUCUAUUAUGCAGCAGUUGUUUUGGAGCAUCACUUUCCCACGGUUCUUGGAAGCUGCUGAAUUUGAUGAUGAUGAUUUUUCCUCUGAUCAGUCAAAACACAGCUGUAUCACAGAGCAAACACAAUACUUUUUUGAAAAUGACAACCGCUCCUUUAGUGGCUAUCUGGACUGUGUUAAUUGUUCAAGAAUCUACCAUGUUGAAAAGAUUUUGAACACCAAUUUAGUAUUUAUAAUUAUCGACAGCACGCUCACCUGUGAUGCUUGUGAUAACCAAGCACUAAUUCAAGCAGAGCAGCGUUCUAAUGGCCCAAAUCCAUGCCUCCUGGCUCAGACACCAAGGUAUAGAAAAGGACCAGACCUUUGCUUUGAUCAAGAUGUUGGGGAAGAUGACACAGACUGCGGUGGAGUUUCUGGAUUAACACCUUCUCUAUGGUCUAUGAUCGGCAUCCAGCUUGUGCUGCUAUGGCUUUUAUCUGGGAUUAGACAUUGUGCAUUAUGACCCUAAAAACCAAAAUAUAUUUUUCAGAAGUCAAAACCCUGCCAAAAGAUUAGCCCUGGAAAAAUAAACAUAAAAUGGGUCACUUUAUUCAGACAAAAGAAGAAUAAAUAUAUCUGAACAACUUAAUAAUGGCUGAAAAUAAUGGCUGAAAAACUCAUACAGAGAACCACGAAGGCUGCAUGUUUGAGUGUUAAACUCUCAAAGACAACUUGUGUGAAUGCUGCAUCAUUUAUGCCACUGGAACACAAAUCUAGAGUCAAUGUGCUUUAUGGAACAAUCUAUGAUGAUGAUCUCUUUUUUCUGCAUCGUCAAUAACUGUGUAAAAGGGCUCCCUUUAAUAUACCUUCUAUUCAUCAUGUUAUCUUUCCUUUUAAAUGUAUGUUGCACUUCUAGCCCUUUUUUGUGUUGUCUACUGCAAAUCAAGUUAAAUUUAUUAUUGCGCAAUGUGUUCAAAACACUACUGCUUUAAGUAUAUUAGUGUGAGUGUGGCAGAAAUUUCUGGUCAAAUAUAUUGGUUAGCAUUCUAAAAUAUUCACAAAACUAAAAUGCCUUACAUAUGGUUAGUUUUGGUUAGUUUUGCCAUUUGGGGUGAAAAACAUAUGUAAUAGGAGGUAUAUUCUUGUGAUAAGGAAGGAAUUUUCAGAUUCAGGUAUCUCUUUUGAAUAGGUGCUUGGGGUUUCAUCUUAGGGAGUCUAGUACGAGUCCUACAAUAACAACUAUGCUAUAUAGCUUUUGUAAAUGUGGUUCUGUAACUUAAUGCCAACCAAAUUCUGCUAAAUGCUCAGAGAUGGUUAAAAAUAAAACCAAAACAGAAAAACAAAAGCAAAAAUUAAAAAGCAAAACAAUUUGGUUAGAAUUAAUUACCAAGGGUAUUUAGCAUGCUGCAGCUGCUGCAAUUUUGUGUUUUGUUAGGAUAUCAUUUUUUACGUCAGGCUAUAAUCUUAUUAUGAGUGAACAAUUUGUGUGGCAAACAAACUUUACAAUGUGAUAAAAUUCUGUGAGCUUUUAUAAUACUUGCUAUACAGAAAUAUACUUUGCAAUCAAAAUCACUUUAAUGAAUGUGCACUGAAGUUUUCAUUCUAAAAAAAUGACAUCAUACUAUAUAAAAACUUUAAUAUAUUAUUAUAAGCCCAAUACAUAGACAAGCCACAAAAAUAAAAUAGCCGUAAAAAUAAUUUGUCACUACACGGCAAUUUGUUUUCCAUGUGCCAUGUUUACAAACAAUAUACUUAAAAUGCUGAAUAAAUUAGAAAUACAAUUAAUAAAUACAAUGCAUAUUCCUAUAACCAAAUAAUCAACAUGCAGAAUCCCAAAUAUAUUGGACUGGCAUAAGGAAAUAAUCAUCCUACCUCUGCAGUUUUUUUUACAGUGGCAAAACAAAAAAUAGAUGUAGAAUAAUUUACAGAUUUAUACCGCUGCUUUUAAUACAUUAAGGCAGGGAUCCCCAACCUUUUAUACCCGGGAGCCACUUUCAAAUGGAAAAAGUUUUGGAGAGCAACAGAAGCAAGAAAAAAGUUCCUGGAGGUGCCAAUAAGAACUAUAAUUGCCUAUUAGGUAGCCGCUGUGAUGACUGGAAGCCUACAGAAGGCUCUGUUUGGCAAUUACACCAACCAAAACUUGCCUCCUAACCAGAAAUUCAAAAAUGAGCACCUGCUUUGAGGCCACUGGGAGCAACAUCCAAAGGAUUGGGGAGCAAACAUGUUGCAAACGAGCUACAGGUUGGGGAUCACUGCACUAAGGGGAUUUAUCAAAAACGGAGUUUGCUUUUUUCUCCACAAUUCAAUAAAUAAAUGCAGUGAAAAAAACGCAAGCGUGAAUAAACAUUUUUAUUAAACCCUGAAUAGUUGGGAUUUAUUAAAGAAAAAAAUUUGCAAAGUCACCAGAAAAAAAAACCCACCAAGUAAAAUUGAGAUUUUAUAGAAUUAAUUGGGUAUAGUCUUUAGCAACUUUAUUUUUCUAGUUUAUUAAAACACUCAAGAUUUUAAGCCUCAUUGAAAAUGAAUAGAAUAUGGUAAUUCUUGCAGGUGUGCAAGGUUUUUUUUUUGCAACAAAAUGUUAAAUAAACAAGUUUUUUUUUCACUCUCAACUUUAGUGAUGAGUGAAUCUGUCCCUUUAGCUUUGUUAAAAUAUUCACGAAAAAUUCGCGAUAAAUUUGCGCACAACUUUUCUUGACGCAAAUGUGCCUAUUUUGACGCAACCACAACUCUUUUUUUAACACGUGACAAUUUUUUCACAAAAUUAUUUGCCAAUGGCGAAAUGCAGAAAUUUGCUGCGAAUCCAUGCCUGGUGAAAAAAUUUGCUCAUCAGUGCUCACCUUAUUUUUUGGCCUCUCCUAUAAAAAAUACCUUGUGACUUAAAUAAAUAAAGGUGGUUAAAUGUAGUUUAGAAGGAGACCAGAAACCCUUGUAUUGUAAACCAGCUCAGCUAAUAAAAGUUAUGACCUAAAUUUAUUUUUAAUUUAUGUUUCUUAAAAGGAGUUAGUUUUAAGAUCACUUAAUGGUUCAAACACUAUUUAAAAAAUAUACAAAACUAUAUCUAUUUUAAUGUUCUAAAGACAUAUUUAAAUAAACAUGACUUAGAGACUAAAUUGGUUUUAUUUUUACCAAACAUUUUGAUGACUGUAUACAGUAAGUCCUAAUAAUGCCUCCUGCACCAGAAAUAAUCAUUAAUUUGAGUUAAAGCUUCAAUAAAAAUCACUUGCAUCUGUUAAAAAAAUGUGGUUCGCACAUUAUUACCCCAUGUUUAUAUAGCAAUUCGUCCACUUCUUACUGGCAAAACGAAUGGCAGUAGAUUUUAGUUUGAUAUAUAACUCUAUUUAUGUGUUCACUGCGACAGACUAAGACUGUCUAGCAUACUGGAAAUUUAUGGUUCUCGUUAUUUAUAUUUUAUGGUCAUCAAUCUAAUUUAUAAUUACAUUGAACUGAUAUUAUGUAUCUUUAAACCCGCUAUCAGAUACAAUGUAUUUUUAAACCUUAACACAAACAGUAUUUACAUACUCUAUUGUGUACUUUUCAUAAACUCAGUUUAAUAUUGAUCCCCAAAUUGCUAUAGAAAAUGUAGUCAAAUCAGUUGUUUUAUUAACACAAUAACUGCAUUCUACUUAUCAGUCAAUAUAAACUCUAUAUUGUGAAUAAAUGGCACAGGAAUACUUGUGCCCAUUUGAGUCAACACAACUUUUUUUUGACGCGCAAUGAAUUUUUCCGCAGCUAAUUUUCACGGAAGUUUCGAGAAACAAUUCGCCAAUGGCAAAAUGUGGGAAUUCACUGCGAAUCCAUACCUGCCGAAAAAAUUCCCUCAUCACUAAUUGUAUGACAUUCUUUUAAAUGGAUACAUUAAAUUAACGCUGAUAUGGCAUCUUUUAUGGAUGAAUACAAUCUUUCAUUGACAAUUUCCAGUUUCACUAGACAGAAGUCAUUUUUAUAAACAUUUAUUUGAAAAACAGGAAAGAAUAUUUGUGCAAUACAUGCAACUGAAAGAGUAACAUCUGUACUUUAAUUUACAUAUUUAAAGCCAGCAUCACUGCCAAAACAUUGAAUGUGAUUUAUAUUUUUAUCUGCUUUAUGAUAAUUCAUGUGACAAGCUUGAUUGAUGUUCCUGUAUGUUAAAGUAUUUAUUACGUAUUCCUUUUAAAACUGUUUAUGAACAAAUCUUUGUUGUAACAAUGUUUUUGACAUUUGUACAUUUUGCUCCUUUUUCUUAAGUCAAUAUUGGCCUUAUUGGGUUUAUAUACAUAUAUAUAGGUAAAAUCCCCUUUAAGUGACCUUUGCACCCCAAGUGUAACUUCCUGUUAAAUAUUUUUAAAUACUGUUUUUUCAAAGCAGCACCACAUUUUUAUUUACACUUCACUGAAACUCAGAAAGCUCAACUUGCAUGGAUUUCUUUUCACUGGUCUUCUGAGAUCCAGAAUGAGCCCAAUACAAACACAAACUUGGAAACGUCAAGUUCUACAAAAUACUACAUUUUAACAGUCAUUUGUUACUGCAAAGUGGACUAUUAAAAUUGCAAUUUGUGGUAUGUAUGCAAUUCAAUAUUUCAAAGAAGCAUGUAUGUUUCCCAUUUAUCUGCUUGCCAAAACUAGAUCACGGUCACUAGAUAAUUGCGGUUGUGAACAUAGUCAUUAUAUAUUAAAGACAUUCUGCCUUUGUGUAGGAAAGGAACUCCUGAUCUGACUUCCUUACAUGAAUUGCUAUGAUGGUCCUGCAAUUUUUACUCUCUCCCUUCCAUGAAGAAGUCAAAACUAGGCUUUUCUGUUAAAAAACAAAACAAAAAACAGAAUUUUCUUUGACUGCCAACUAAAUAUUCUGUUUCAUGUGAUCCAUUUUUAUAUAUUUUAAGUUGAAUGUUCAAUUUGUUUUUUUAUAUACAUGGUUUAAAAAAAAUGUGGAUUUCUAUGACAAACCUAUUAUAGUGCUCUUUCAGAACACUUCACAUUUCCUGUCCAUUUUUUUGCAUUUUGACACUUUUGUGGAACUUGACAAGCCUAGAGACAUUUUGUAAAAAUUUGUAUAAUAAUGUUUAAAAGAUUUAUAAUUAUAGAAUAUGUUGUGUUUAAUUCUUGUGCAAAGACAGUAUAUUCAAAAAUAAAGGUUUAUCAUUUAAAA